AUGGGUUGUGGUUCCUCCGGUCACGUGGUUUCUCCAGCGGAUGAUAACGGUGUUGAAGGGAAAAUGAUGAAUGGAAACGGCACAAAUAGCAAUGGUGGUAAUCACCAUAACGAUGAUUUGCCUACUGUCGUUUUACCUGAAACACCAGCGAAGCCUAAACCUCCUAUAGCCUACGAAAUACCGAUCGAAGAGUUUGAUGGCAACAAGCGGCCUUCCACGCCACCGGCACACUUGCAAAGACUCCUACUGCCGCCGGCCGCAGACAUACGCUUACCUGAUAUAAAGGAAAAACUCGCUGAGGCUGAACAAAGGAGAUUGUUGAUUUUACAGCAACGCGCUGCCUCUGCACAAAAGAGGGCUCAGCGACUGACAAAAUCCUUUAAUGAAACGCGGAAAAUUAAUGAUAUAGAAGAAAUUAAAUACAACUCGAACGUCCUCACACUCUCUCCGGAACCAGGCAUUUGUGAAGAUAAGAAUAUA